AUGAAUGUCAACACUAGCACAGCACGUGCCAGGAAGACACCCAUAGGAAAUCCACCCACCCUGGGUCAAAAUGACUCAUUUAUGGCAGACCGAACAACAAGAAGCAAGGGAAUGGUAAUCAACAAAGAACUGCAGCAAGUGCAGAACACGAAAGGAGGCCGCUCCUACCUAGAGGAACACCAACUCUUGGUGCUAGCAGGGCAGGGCUUGACGCACCACCAGGCCGCCACCUGCCUAUUCCAGAUAGUGCAGAUGUUGGCUAAGAUGCCACCAACAGUGAUCCAGGCAAUGAGGGGGCUUGCCUUCAUGCUUGAAGAGAUAGAACUACCAAUGGCGAUGCAAACAUACCACGACGGCUUCGGCGAGGAGUUGGCGACUUUUAUGAACAAGAUCAAAUCCCUGGUUCAACACGCCCAGGACAAGGUCGAUCAGAAACUGGAUGAGAUAAAUAAAGCCACUGCCAAUCUAAUCAAAUCGGCAGCGCAGGCAACAAUGCUCAAAGGCAUAAACAAAGAAUCAAAAAUUGGCUCCAUGGGCGACAGAAAAGCGAAAAACGCAAUAAACAAAAUUCUGCAGACUCUUGAGCCAGAAGGCGCAGUCAGGAUCUGUUCUGCCAUCAAGCAGCAGAAUGGCAGCCUGUUAAUCGAAUUUGACUCGGAUUUUGGGGCAGCCUGGAUGCAAACCGACAACAAUCAAAGGAACUUGUGCAAACACAUUGGCAAGGAUGUUACGACCAAGAAGAGAACAUACAAGCUAAUUGCAAUGAGAGUUCCUCUGUCAGCAGAACCGGAGGAUGCGGAAUUUCUGCGGGAGGUUGAAGAAGCAAACAGGGUAGAUGAAGGCACCAUCAUCUCAAUGAGAUGGGCAAAGAAAAUCUCACAUUGA